ACUCGUACAGUGGCAAUAGAUAUCGUCGAAGAUUUUACGAAGAGAUAAAAGACAAAGGAAGAAGACGUGUUUGAUUUAGGCCACUCCUUUUGCUACUUUCUCUUGUUGUUUUUGUAUAAUGUGCAUGUUCACACACCCAUAUAUAUUGGACAGUGUAAAGAAAAUAAAAUCAGUUUCUAGUUUCCUUGAAGAAAGUUAAUAGAUAUCCAUGGAACCGUCUCGUCUUGCUCAUGUGAUGCUCGUGUCUUUCCCAGGCCAAGGUCACAUAAACCCUCUUCUUCGUCUAGGAAAGCUCAUAGCCUCUAAAGGCUUACUCGUCACCUUUGUCACCACAGAGCAGCCAUGGGGCAAAAAGAUGCGUCAAGCCAACAAGAUUCAAGAGGGCGUGCUCAAACCUGUCGGUCUAGGCUUCAUCAGGUUCGUGUUCUUCUCUGAUGGUUUAACUGACAAGGACGAAAAAAGAGCCGACUUCAAUGCCUUCCGACCACACCUUGAAGCUGUCGGAAAACAAGAGAUCAAGAAUCUCGUGAAGAGAUAUAACAAGGAACCGGUGACGUGUCUUAUAAACAACGCUUAUGUGCCGUGGGUAUGUGACGUGGCCGAGGAGCUUCAAAUCCCUUCGGCUGUUCUAUGGGUCCAGUCUUGCGCUUGCCUUGCCGCUUAUUACUAUUACCACCACCGGUUAGUUAAGUUUCCUACAGAAACUGAGCCAGACCUCAAUGUUGAAAUCCCCUGCUUGCCAUUAUUGAAGCAUGACGAGUUCCCAAGCUUUCUUCACCCUUCGUCUCCCUAUAAAGCCUACGGAGAAGUCAUUUUAGACCAGCUCAAGCGACUCGAAAACGACAAGCCUUUCUAUCUUUUCAUCGACACUUUUUACGAACUUGAAAAAGAUAUCAUCGACCACAUGUCAGACCUUUUUCCUCAAGCCAUCUUUAGCCCUGUCGGUCCACUCUUCAAGAUGGCUCAAACCAUAGGCUCUGACGUUAAGGGAGAUAUCUCUGAGCCAACUACUGACUCCGUAGAGUGGCUUGACUCGAGAGAACCAUCCUCAGUCGUUUACGUCUCCUUUGGGACUAUAGUCGGCUUGAAGCAAGAUCAGAUGGAGGAGAUCGCUCAUGGCAUUUUGAGCACUGGCUUGUCGUUCUUAUGGGUUGUUCGACCUCCAAUGGAAGGGUCACUUGUCGAACCAUAUGUUUUGCCUCGUGAACUUGAAGAAAAGGGUAAAAUCGUGGAAUGGUGUUCACAAGAGAAAGUGUUAGGUCAUCCUGCAAUUUCUUGCUUCUUAAGUCACUGUGGAUGGAACUCGACGAUGGAGGCUUUAACUUCGGGAGUCCCUGUGGUUUGCUUUCCACAAUGGGGUGAUCAAGUAACUGAUGCAGUUUACUUGGUUGACGUUUUCAAGACAGGAGUGAGACUAGGCCGCGGAGCUGCUGAGAAAAAGGUUGUUCCCAGGGAGGUUGUGGCGGAGAAGCUGCUUGAGGCCACCGUGGGAGAGCACGCGGCAGAGCUGAGAGAAAACGCUCAGAGAUGGAAGAAGGAAGCGGAGACCGCCGUGGCGUACGGUGGAUCAUCUGAUAGGAACUUUAGAGAGUUUGUCGACAAGUUGGUUACGAAACAUGUGACAAGAGAAGACAACAGAAAAGACUAGUGAUAAAACAAUGUCUCGUAAAUGUCCAAAUGUUAAUGUACCCCUAAAACAUAAACCACCACAAACAUAUGAUAAGAACAUUUUCUAGAUUUCAACAAUGAUCUUAUCAUAUGUUUUGUUCCUUUUCUUCCGCUAAAAAGCAUAUCAAUCUAAUCUGAUGACUAUGGUGAU